AUGGGAUUUGAAGAGGGAACCAACCGCAGAGCUGACGAUUGGAACAUCGAUGACUUGUCUCAGCCAUGGGUUUCCGAUCUUGAGGAGGAUGACCUUGCUUCUGUCGCGUUUGCAUCCGAAAGAUCUCUUGAUGGAUUCAUUCCGCCAGAUUCUCUGAUAUCAAAGUCUCCGGAACAAGAAAAGAUCAUGCCAGUUGUUGCGGUAUCACCGUACCUGGAAUCCUUAAUGAAGCGCUAUCCGGAGCACAUUCCUGCAAGCCUUCCUAGAAUGCGUAGGAAGCGAAGGCCGCUAUGUCUCUUUGUCAACUUUAUGGGAACAAGGAAAAACAAAACGAAGCCUGUUUCGCAACCAAGUGGAGCGAAGAGAGGGAUAGCUACCACUAUGGUACCGGCGCAUCCUCCUCGUGACAAAACAUACACAGUUCCUGCGACACCAACGAAGCGACAAAAGGUGGACAGUCACCAAAAAGAAAGCAUGGAUACAACACGCAGCAUAAUCGUGACAUAA